AUGCCGCCGUUCAAGGAUGAGCAUGUGCUCAUCAUUGCGCCCGGGUCGCAAAUCACGGCGGCACAACUUGGGUUGCCCGAGUCCUUCACUCCUCCGCGAUACCGCUUUCCUACUCGCAUGUUCCCGGGGAGCAAGCCUGAUGAAUGGGAGCCGGUCAAGAUUCGACCCAAGACUACAACCAUACCACGACCUGCAGAACAGUCCAACAAUGCGACUUCAAACAAUGCAACAACCACCAAAGUCGAGCAAGCCGAUGAACAAAAGCCGGCCGACGACGUGUCCAAGCCCGACCCAGUCCCAACAGAGCAGGCCCCUUCUGAAGAUGUGGAGAUGAAAGAAGCGCCCGCAGCAGAAGAAAAACCGACAGUCGAUGCGAGCACAGCGGAAGCUGCACCGGCACCUUCUGGUGAUGCGCAACAACAAGAACAACAACCCCAACAAGAUGGUGCCCAAGAGGCAGAAGAAGAGACGGUAGAGACCUUCGAGGACGACCUUUGGUCCACUGAAGGUGCUGUGUAUCCUAUUCGAGAGGGCCGGAUCGAAAAUUGGUCCUGCUUUUUCGCACUCCUGUCACAUAUCUACAACAUGAUGUCUCCUCCUUUCCACAUGCCGGUGUUAUUUGUCGCCCAGCCAUGUUGGACAAGUCGAGACAAAGAGAUGAUUACGCAAUUUGUGUUUGAAAACUGGAAGAUUCCGGCCUUUUGUCUCAUGGACGCUGCCUUGACGGCUUGCUACGCUUACGGUGUGCCGACCGCAUUGGUUCUUGAUGUCGGGCACGGGAAAUGCGACGUGACGGCGGUCACCGACUUCCAAGUCAACGAUAUCGGUCGUGGCGUCGCCAUUCCAGGAUGUGGCGGGGAAGCGAUGACCAAGAGACUGCACCAGGUAUUGGAGAGUCAAGGGUUUACGGAAGAGAUGGCCGAACAGUUGAAAAGAAGCCCUAUCUGUGAACUCCUGCCCAUUGGAGCAGGAUAUCCCAAAGCUGCGCCCAGUGGUGCAGUUGCUGCUCCGAACCCUGCUGCGGCCGCCUCUACGGGAGCCCUGGAUUCGGGCGUCAAUGCCAAAGAUGUGGACGGGCUGCGACCUGGUCAAGCGCCUAGAGGUCCGGGACUGGGCACGGUGGUCGGUGAGGAGGGUGCCGACGGAAAUGAUGAGGAGAAUGAGGGCGUGCUAGAUGUCGCCGCCAUCGUUGCCCGGGACAAUGCUGCCGAAUUAAUUGCGAAGCGUGAGAAGGAGAAGGCUGAAAAGGCUGCAGCAAAGAAAGGAGGUGCAGCGGAAGGCCCCAAGACCAUCCGCCUCAGGAACUCGGAGAGAGAGCGGGCGUCGUUCACAUAUGUCGAAUUCCUUCCAAUCGAGGAUUCGGAGUCAGCGCCGGCCGAUGGGGACGAACAGAAAAGUCGAAAACGAAAACGCGAGAUUGAGGUAGGCGUGGAACGAUUCAUGGCUGCGACACCGCCCCCUGGUAUUGGAGAGGGCGUGCUUGAUAUUAUUGCAGAAGCCAUCCAUCAUACUGUGCUGAGCGUGCCUGACAUGGCUCUGAGAUCGACGUUGUGGGAGAACUUUAUUUUUCUGGGGAAUGGAAGCCGAAUCAGAGGCUUUACUUCUGCAUUACUGUCCGUUCUCCAUGCCAGAUACGUGCUGUCGCCUUCGACCGCGACCAUAUUCACAUCUGAGCUUCCUUCGAAUUUCACCACUCCUGUGGCCACGCCUGGCACGAACACACCGAUUCCAAGGCAAGGGGGCCAACCUGCUCUCCACCAAGGCGGCCACGGGGUCAAUCCGCUACUGGUGGCAGCCACGAAGAACAUGAUGCAACCAAAUCAGCAUCUACAACCACCCGGCGCACAGUCCGGGCUUGUUUCGGAUCCAGGCUUACACCACACGCAUCGGGGCUUCAGCCAGACUCCGACGACAAUCAAGUUGGUCAAGGCACCAGAUUACUUUCCCGAGUGGAAGGAUCCCAGCGUGCAUGGCAUGGAGGAGGCCGGGUUUUUGGGUGCGCAGGUGGCUGCCAAAGUCGUGUUUAUUGUGGACCAAGGCAAUAGUAAAGGAUUCUUGACUAGGAGUGAGUAUAACGAACUAGGGCCGACGGGCAUCCACGACUGCGCUAUAUAG